UUGGCCGUUACCUCAUCAGCCUCUCUGAAUGAGGAAGAAGAAGCCUCGUGGAUGAUGAGGGUGAAGAGGAUGAAGCGUUGGCGCGGGCUGCCUCACACAAUGGACACUAAGAUUCACUUGGCUUCCCUUGUCUUUUUGCUGUCUGCAUUGUUAAAUGUGUCGAGGGCUAUCACACCUGAACCUUCACUCCAAUGUCUGGAAAAGGACAGGAGCUCACGAGUGCCGCUGACGUUUUUGUGCUCACCGUAAACCAGACCAUCAUCUCCCUCAAUCCCGUGAACUUCAGCACCACCAGACCAGAAACAAGCACCUCGACGGGUGUUUCGAUGCGAUUUUCCAGUGAGGGGACAACAGAGCGCCUAAGACAGCUGACAUCCACACCAGCCACAUUGACAUCCUCCCCAACCAGCACGAAGAAAACCACUGAAAAUGGGACCCAUCAACCUCCUGCCUGGGAUCCAAUUUGGGAUCGAGAUUUCACAUAUGAUUAUUGGUCCCUGCAAGUGACUGGACUGUCCAUCGCUGGAGUUCUCUUCCUGAUGGGCCUCUUGGUCUUCGGCUGUGGUAAGGGCUGUCGGCUUCCCAAGUGUCGCAAGAGGUCAUCUCAGUCUUAUAGAGUGGAGCAAAGAAAAUCAGAGAUAUUGUCAUAAAAGUCUAUAAGUCGAUAGACCAACAAAUUAGUGGAGCUGGUCGUACAUUUCAAAUUGACAUGAAAGGAAAUGAGUUCACAAAGCAAAAAGUGGUACUGAAUUUGUUUAAUAUUUCUUUAUUGACCCACAAUAAAAUAAAAAUAAAAACGGAAUUAUUUCCAUUUAGCCAUGUUCAAUAAGAAAUGACAGUUGUUGUCAAUAUUGUGUAAAACAUUUACCUUCUAACAGGAUGUAAAACUGGAGCCUUUAUUAUUAUUUUUUUUUUAACUGGACAACCUCAUCGUGGUUCAUAAAAGAUGUUUUUCUUAGUGGGUCGACGCUAAUGAAUAUAGCUCUGAGAGAGAAAAAAACGAACGCCUGGCAAAUUAUACCUUUGCAUUGUUAUGACAACAAAACGAUGCUAACGGGUGGAGGGGAAAAAGAACACCAGUACAUUUUAAAAACGAUUUAAUGACAUAUUCUUACAGACAUCGGAUCAAAACACAUUCCAGAAGUGCAAAUGAUAUAACGUUUACAAACCCUUUAUUAAAUCUCGUUGUUUAAUAGAUUGCAUGCUUAAAUUACUUGUUGGGGAAAAAAACAUGGAAAUGUUGACAGGAAUUGACUUAUACAAAAGUACGUAUAAAAAUGGACAUUUACCCUUACGUCCCAAUUUCAACAUACAAAAACAAACAUUUUACAAACAUAUUGGUAAAUGGCACCCACCAAACAGAUGCUUUGGACAUUUAAAGCUACAAUAUUUGACAAAGCUCAGGUACUGCCAGUUAAACUAAAGUUUGGCCAAAUGAUGUGUUGCUUUUUAGAUUUCUGUACAAGCGUUUCGAAAAACUUACAAAGAUAAUAUAAGUAUUUAUAUGCUAAAUAAACUGAAAGAUUUUGCAUAGUUUUUAAUUCUAUUGUCCCUUUGAAAUGUUGACACUGCUAGGAAGUGUUGCAAUGUGUAAUGAGAAUGUAAGGUGACAUCUUAUUUGUUUCCAAAUGGACGGUUUAAUUCUGUGUUACCUUUCUCAGAGAGCCUCUCAUUAGACGACAAGUAGAAACUGAAAAGGAGCACCCCUUCCAAUUCAAUCUUUGCUACAAAGAGUCUCCCUCCCCCAAAUAACCAACGGCUUGCGUUGCUGAAAUGAAAUCUUUGCUGCACAGGGAAUGAUUGAUUUCUGCUAAAACGACAGCAGGGAAACAUCUCGCUCUGUGUGGAUGGAAUUGAGGUAUUGUUGCUAUGCUCCCCAAUCGUCCAUUAGGCUUUAUUUGAUUCAUGAGAUUUUCACACCCGGCCUCUCCUCCGACGAAUGUGAGCCAUUAACCUGCCUCCUCGGCAGUCACAUGGCUAUUUACAAGCUGCACAACGGUGGAUUUCGAAGAGAAGUUUCCAAAACAAAAAGAGGAAAGGAAACAUCCCCAUUCAUGACCGUCGAUUAAUUUGCUGCCUUGAAAGCAAUUGUUUACCCUGAAGUUUCCAUUUUUUUGGGAGUGGCUGAUGAGAAUAAAGGGAUGGAUGGGUAUGUUUUAUCUUCUA